CUCCGAGUCACAGUUGUCGACAAGCCCUAGCUCCGGACGCAAGUGCAGAGCGCCAUGGUUCCGAGGGGCGCCUUCCUGUUGCUGGCGGUGUCGGCGGUUUGGCUGAGUGGGUGUGUUCACCCAGCGGCUUCGGAGGCUGAUACGCACGGAACAUGCAUCUGCGUCCCAAAGGGGUCAUGCAGCCAGCCUGUAUCCAACGCUACUUGUGACAACGAUGAACUAAUAUGUUGCAGCGAAGAUUCAGCUGGUCGUCGGAGUAAGAGAGACAGUCAAGUUAAACCGCAGAGAAAUAAAGAAGAAAAGGAAACUGAAGGAAAAGAACGUAAACUCCCUAGAACAGCGAAAAAUAAACGCACAAACAAGGCGGAGCAAAAUGAACCUACAAAGAAGCCUGUAAAUCAAGUUGGUGGCCACAGGAAACGGAAGUUAGGCACACAACGGGAAGUUAAACCGAACGACAAAACAGAAGAAAAGAAAUCUGAAAGUAACGGCAAAAAUCAUGAAACUCCAAAAAGCGGAAGGGAACCCUCUCGACGAACUAAUAAGAAAUUUGCAAAAAAAAGCGGGCAAGAUAUACCCACAAAAGGAAUCCUAACGAAAGAAAGCGGAAGGGAACCCUCUCGACGAACUAAUAAGAAAUUUGCAAAAAAAAGCGGGCAAGAUAUACCCACAAAAGGAAUCCUAACGAAAGGCUCCAUGGAAUGUACGAAGGAGUAUGGGACAUGUAAGUCCAAAUGCCGCGGUGAUAUUGAUAGAGAAAGAGCGUGUCCCAACGGCAAAGUGUGCUGCAGAAAGCUACGGCCUCGGAACCAAGCUAUAGUUAAGGCAAAAGACAACGAGUGCACAGCAGCAGGAGGAGUCUGUAAGAGACCUAACAAAGAGUGUAAAGAGCCUCUUUCCUUCGAGUGUCCAAACAAAGAUAGAAUCUGCUGCAAGAGUACCACAAAGAACAAGUGCGCAUCGAAGGGCUUCAAAUGUGUGAAAAAUUGUAGAGGAACAACCAAGAAAUUCAAAGGUUGUAAGGAAGGAAGUGUCUGCUGCAAGCAAGCAAAGGAAAGGACCUGCAAACAAGUGGGCGGAAACUGUAAAGAAGAAGCAAAAUGCAAAACGGAAGUCCUAAAUCCCAACAAGAAAUGCAAAGAUGGAAAGGUUUGUUGCAAACAAGGAAAUAAAUGCCAAGACCUAGGAGCUACAUGUCGAGAGGAAGCCAAAUGCAAAGGGGAAAUAUUGACUCCCUCUAUACCAUGUAAGAAGGGUAAUGUCUGUUGUGAAAAGGGAAAUAAAUGCAAAGAUUUAAAAGGUACAUGUCGAGAGGAAGCCAAAUGCAACGGGGAAAUAUUGACUCCCUCUAUACCAUGCAAGAAGAUAAAGUCUGUUGUGAAAAGGGAACAACUUGUAAAUCGAUGAGCGGACAGUGUAAAAAGGAAGCUAAAUGCAAAAGCAAAGUGUUGAACCCCAGCAAGAAGUGCAAAGCUGGUAAGGUAUGCUGCUCAGUCCGUACCUGUAGCGACAGAGGAGGAAAGUGUAAGAAAGAAGGAAAGUGCAACGGUAGAAUUGUCAAAGUGAAGAAACCAUGCAAAGAACCCAAAGUCUGUUGUCUAGAGGACUCAGGUACCACGAUUGGACCGCCACCGCCAACCACCCCUGGACCGCAACCGCAAACCUCUCCCGGACCGCAACCGCAAACCUCUCCCGGACCGCAACCGCAAACCUCUCCCGGACCGCAACCGCAAACCUCGCCCAGACCGCAACCGCAAACCUCUCCCGGACCGCAACCGCAAACCUCUCCCGGACCGCAGCCGCAAACCAGCCCUGGACCGCAACCGCAAACCUCUCCUGGACCGCAACCGCAAACCUCUCCGGACCGCAACCGCAAACCUCUCCUGGACCGCAACCGCAAACCUCUCCUGGACCGCAACCGCAAACCUCUCCUGGACCGCAACCGCAAACCUCUCCCGGACCGCAGCCGCAAACCACCGCUGGACCGCAACCGCAAACCACUGCUGGACCUCAACCACAGAC